GGUUGGUGCCUCUACUUUGGUGUGGUGGCGUCGCCAUUUUGUGUCGUCAAAUUGAGUCCGUUGUUGUUUGAAGGAAUUUGGUGAAUUCGGUGAGAAAAAAAGGCACGAUGACGGCCCACGACCAAAUGCGGGCAAUGCUGGACCAGCUGAUGGGCACUGGGCGCAACGGUGAAACGACAAAGUACCAAGUGAAAUUUAACGACUCAAAGGUGUGCAAGUCGUUCUUGCUUGGCUGCUGCCCCCAUGAGAUUCUCACGUCAACGCGCAUGGACUUGGGGGAAUGCCCGAGAAUCCAUGAUUUGGCUUUGAGGGCCGACUUUGAGAAGGCCCAACAAACCAAGGAUUAUUUCUACGAUUUGGACGCAAUGGAACAUCUGCAAGCUUUUAUCACCGAUUGCGACCGUCGCACCGAGGCCGCCAAGCAACGCCUCGCCGAAACCCAAGAAGAACUAUCGGCUGAAGUGGCCGUUAAAGCGAACAGCGUGCACGAAUUGGCGGAACAAAUCGGUCAAAAGCUCGCCAAAGCCGAGCAACUCGGCGAAGAGGGUUUUGUCGACGAAAGCAUGAAACUCAUGGAGGAAGUGGACGAAUUGAGAAAGCGUAAAUUGGAAGCCGAGCAAGAGUAUCGCAAUUCAAUGCCGGCAAGCAGCUACCAACAACAGAAAUUACGAGUUUGCGAAGUUUGUUCCGCUUAUCUCGGCAUACAUGAUAACGAUCGACGUCUCGCUGAUCAUUUCGGCGGGAAAUUACAUCUUGGGUUUAUUAAGAUUCGGGAAAAGUUGGCCGAACUUGAGAAAAACGCCGAGAAACGGAAGGAGGAAAAGCGCAAGUCCUCCCGUGACAGAGACCGGGACGAUCGGGAAGAUAGAUACAGGGAGAGACACCGCGAGCAGUAUGUCGGGGGGCGCGAACUGGACAGACGCUCCAAAAGACACCGUUCCAGAUCCUGGGACCGCAAAGAAAGGGAAAAGAAUGACAGGGAUCGGGAUAACAGGUCUCGAUCGCAUCGCUCCAGAUCCAGGAGUCGGGAACGGCGCUCACACUCGCGCCACUCAAGUUCCAGCGAUAAGAGAAGGGACCGCGACCGGGAUUAAAUUGUUUCGAGUAAUAUAUUUUUGUAAUAUAUUAUUUUAGUGCAAAGUAGUUGUAAGUUGUGGUUCACUGGAAGAUGUCAUUGGAAAAAAUAAUGUUUUGCUCUUUAAUUAUUAUUGAAAUUAGUCAAUAAAGUUUACAAGUGGAA